UAUAUAUUGGACCAACCACCUUCAUCACUCUCCCUUCUCCUCCUCUCACCAACUGAUUUCACAUGAUUCCUCUUCUGAAAAAGGGUGUUCCACUCCUUCUCUUUCUUCCCACUAAUGCAAAUUCAAUGAGAAACCUGGCAGGCUCCCAGUAGGGCAUUUGGAAGAGUGUACAGAAAGGGCAUUAGUAUAUAUAGAGAUCAGAGGUUUGUUCUCUUCUUCCCCACCCACCCAGCCCAGGAGGUUCUGCAAUAUUCUUGUAAGUGAUUGGGGAUUUGGAGAUAUGGGGUUUCUGAGAGAUGGAGGUUGCAACCUCAAAAUCUUGGAUUUUUGUUUGAGGUUUUUUGUCAUUCCUGUCACUGUUGCAUCCAUAUGGCUGACUAUCAGUAACCAGCAGAGUAAUAGCGACUAUGGAGUGCUGCUCAGUUUCACUGACUUCAAGGGUCUCCAGUAUACGGUUGCUGUUAGUGCUGCAUCUUGUGGAUAUGCCCUUUUUACUGCUGUGGCCUUGUGGGUCACAAGUCUGGUGUCUAAACCAUGGUUCUUCUUUGUUUCUGACCAGGUUAUAGCAUACUUGCUGGUAACAUCAAUGAGUGCAUUAGCAGAGAUUCUUUAUUUGGUCUAUCAUGGUGAUCAAGGGGUGACAUGGAGUGAAGCCUGCACUUCUUAUGGGAAGUUCUGUGACAGAUUGAAGCUGGUUUUUGUUCUCCUUGCUAUUGCCCUCUGUUGCUUCAUUGUGUUAGCUGCAAUCUCAGCAUUCAGAGUCUUCAGCAGAUAUGAUUUCCCCUCUGAUCCCUCCAAAGAACUCGAGGAAGAACCGAAAUGCUAAACUUUUCGAUUAAUUCAGUCAAGUCUCGGUCAGAUUUUUUCGAUUCGUCACAUGUCUGCUUCAACUUGAUAGCUCUUAUAUCAGGUUUUGUAUGUACAGAGAUUUAAUCUGUUGUGUCAGUGCUAGCUUAGAUCAUGGGCUAUACAACUAAAAAUAGCAAAAAUUGUUAAUCCAGUCAAAUUGAUUCAACAGGGGCAGCCUAUAAGCCUUUCUUGAUUUAAGGCCAGUCAAUUAUGGAUAAUCUAGAUUGGUUUACUUCUCCUUCGCCAA